AUUUUUAUAUUUAUAUUUAUCCAUAAUUAUCAAAAUAAAAAAUGGCGUCCGAAGUUAAACCAACUGUCAAACAACCACCGAAACCAAUUUGGAGGCCUGGGAAAGUGAAGGUAGUGAGGGCUUUGUAUAACUACACAGCUCAGCAUGCUGAUGAAUUGUCAUUCGAAGAAGGAGAAAUACUUUAUGUUUAUGACCGAGACACUGAUGCUAACUGGUGGAAAGCUAAAUGUGGUGAUAAAGAUGGACUUAUCCCCUCUAAUUAUGUUGAAGAACAGACGGAGGAAGUUGAAUUACCCUUACAUGAAGCUGCCAGAAGGGGCAAUUUAUCAUUUCUUCAAGAGUGCCUGAGACAAGGGGUGUCGGGGACUGGAUUAGAUUCUGCGGGUAAUACUCCUCUGUACUGGGCAGCGAGAGCUGGACAUGUUGAAUGUAUUAAAGAGUUAUUGAGUCAACCUAGUCCUGCUAUUAAUGCUCAAAAUAAAAUUGGAGAUUCCCCACUACAUAUUGCGGCGAGUCGUGGUCAUGAAGAAGUAGUUGAUAUAUUAUUAAACUACGGCGCUGAUGCAACGUUAAGAAAUAAUGAUAAAUUAUUAGCUGAAGACUUGGCGAAUAAAACGUCUAUUAAAAAUGCAAUACAGAUGAGCAAACAAGAUCAUGAUAGAGACUAUGGGUAUGGUGCUGAUGAUUACAAUGAUGACAGUGAUUGAUAAAAAGUAUAAAUGUAUGAUUAAGUUAAGCUAAUGCUCAAUAAAAAUCAAAAUUAAAAGUAACGAUAUUAUAAA